AUGGCGGGGACGAGCGGCAGCUGGAGUUGGCGAGAGGGACAUGCGUCGCACCAUGUCGGGGGGACGUACGUUGGCGAGUGGAAAGAUGGGAAGCCAGUGGGGGCUGGGCAAUUCACCGGACACUCAGGGUUGAAGUACAUUGGUUCAUGGAAGGACGGAAAAGCGAAUGGACAAGGAAAACUCGUGCUUCCCAAGGACUACACAUUUGAGGGAGAAUUUGUGGAUGGCGUUUGCGAGGGAGAAGGUAGACGUGUAUGGCUGGAUGGGACUUAUGAAGCAGGAACCUUUCAGAAUGGCAACCUCAACGGGUUCGGGAAGUCGAACCACAACGAAGAAAACAUGACGUACGAAGGAUAUUUUCUUGAUGGGAUGCCGCAUGGCUCGGGGUACGGCAAACUUCGAGGCGGUGAAUGGUUUCGCGGUGAAUGGGAGUAUGGAAAACCUUUCAAUGGCCAGUGUGUGCAAACAAAAGUUGCUGCAGACACUUUUGGAGAUUUCAUUUACAUAUACAAAGGGAGUUUGAAGAAUGGCGUUUGGGAUGGCCAAGGGAAGUUAGGGUAUUUCGAAGAAAAGUUUGCAAGCAGAGAAAUUUGGACUUACGAAGGUGAAUUUUCCCAAGGUCACUGUCAUGGUCAGGGCAAGAAGAAACACACUCUUGGGUGGUCGUAUGAAGGGGAAUGGAUUGCCGAUGAGAUGGAAGGAGACGGCAAGCUUACAUACAAGAGUGGUGAGGAGAUAGUCGGACAAUUUUCCCAUGGUAGACCACAUGGAAAGGCAGUGAGGACAUCCAGCGAUGGCCAAUACCAAGAUGGCCAAUGGUCUCAUGGUGAAUUUGUGGAAGGAAAGUGCAAAAUGUUUUGGGAAGACGGACGUAUCUACGAGGGCCAGUUUCGUAACCGGAAGAUAGAUGGAGAAGGCAUCAUGAAAUGGAAGGAUGGGACGGAAUUGCGGGGAGUGUUCGAGAAUGGAAAUUUCCCUAAGGAAGCCAAUGUAAUCGAACACGGGCAGGAAAUGAAGUGUACGUUUCGUGGUCUGUUUGGAACCAACAUAGGCAUGGAUGCUUGCAAGGGACAUAUUCCCAAACCUGUUACAACUACAUUCCUCACAGAAACGCUAUCUCAAAACCAUGACAACAAUGGCAGGCGAAAAUCAUUACUCGGCGGACAAACAAAAGAAAAGUUUCUUUGGAAAAAUCUUGCUUCUAAGCGCGGUUGGGCUUUGCUUCCUUUACUGAGCCGCAAGAAGCAAACUGCUCAAGAUGACUCGGACGUCGCCGUUCAACGAACAGAUAACUCAAGUGAAAUUGACAUGUUUACUCGGACAUCAUCGGCUCCAGAAACUUCGGCAGAGAAGGAGCUUGCCCACAAUUUCCAUCAUCCAGCAAUAUCUAGGAAAGAGCAACCAGAGGAGAAGAAGACAAAUGAGGUCAAAACUAUCAGCGAGAUCAUUUACCGCACAACAUCCAAUAAGGACGUCUUGCAUUCAGGAUCAGACAUUUUGAAGGUUGACGAAUUGGAUGGAUUACGCAGAGUUCCAUCAAGUGAGCAUCACAAGGAUCAUGGCAAGUCAGAAGAUUGA